ACGACUCUCGUGUCCUCCCUAUUCUUCUACUCUAAACACUCAAUGGCUCAGCCUCACAAGAGGUUUGGAAUCCGAGACUGGAGUGCCUAGAGUCGUGUCCGUCAAAACUGGAUGCUCUACUAUCCUCCUAUCCUCUUACUCUCUUGUCUGUGGAUGCUGUGGGAUUUUGGAUAUUGAAUACGUCUUUCUUUGCAUCUCUCCUACUAGGCUCGGCUGCUGCUGCUGCUACUUUUAGAGGUUUGUGACACUGUUUUGGUUGGAAUGUGUUUCUGGCUGCUGGCGACAGUUCUUGUCCGUGAAAUCUCUCUCUAUACUGGUUGUAUUUUCACAGAGGAGUUAUAGAUCUAGACUUUUUGAAGGCCUCCGGGACUCCUUGAACUCCACCUGCUGGUAUUGUACAGGGCAUGCACAGAAGUUGCCGUUCAGAGAUUGUGUUUGUGUGCAAGCUCAGCUUUUCUCACCUCUGCAGCUUAUUGGUAAGGAGAGAAGAAUAGAGGUGGAACCGACACAAGUAGUGAGACAGACUCUACUGCAGCCCCUGUGUACUGUACACACCAGAGCCUGCAUGUGCUAAGUUAGCCCACCAGAAGGCUGGCCAGUACCAACACAAGACUCAAGCACGUACACACACACACACAGAGACACACACACUCAUAAACAGCAACAUCCUCUGCUGUAAGAGGAUGACGUUUGCUGUAAUACUGCAUUGCACUCUGGGGCCAGAAAAGUGAAAGAAGAGACGACUAAAAGAGGAUCAGAAGAGAAGAGGAGGGGAAGAAAACUACAAUCUGGUAGCAGCUCACCUCCAUGGGGAAACGGAAGUAGAAGAGCACGGAUUGAUGAACUGACCAAAAGAGAUAACGACCAAUGUGAUAGAGCACAGCUAAACUGACAGUCAGUCUAAAGAGAGAUAACUGACGGACUGUUUAAAGAGAGAGAUAAAGACCGUAGUGAGAUGAGAGCAGAACUGAACAUGAACUCUUCCUCGUCCGAUGUGAACCAAAGCAGCUCUCCUUUCUGCCUGCUGGGCCUGGGCUACUCCCAUACCCUCAACACUUGCGUGCUGGAGGCGGCCGUCAUUCUCUUCCUCACUAUCCUCAUCAUCAGCGGCAACCUGAUGGUGAUCUUCGUGUUCCACUGUGCUCCGCUGCUCCACCACCACACCACCAGCCACUUCAUCCAGACCAUGGCCUAUGCAGACCUCCUGGUGGGGGUGAGCUGUCUGGUGCCCUCCCUGUCCCUGCUCCACUACCUCAAGGGGUUGGACGAGGAGCUCACCUGUCAGGUGUUCGGCUACCUGGUGUCUGUGCUGAAGAGCGUGUCCAUGGUGUCUCUUGCUUGUAUUAGUAUUGACCGCUACAUCGCCGUCACACAGCCAUUCUCCUACGCCACACUCGUCACACCAUGCCGCCUGCGCGUCUGCAUUUGCCUCAUCUGGCUCUACUCCGCCCUCAUUUUCCUGCCCUCCUUCUUUGGCUGGGGGAAGCCCGGCUACCAUGGGGACAUAUUUCGCUGGUGUGCGACCUCGUGGCAGACCGAUCCGGGCUUCAGCUCGUUCAUCGCGGCUCUGCUCUAUGCGCCGGCCGCCCUCACUGUGUGUUUCACCUAUGGGAGUAUCUUCCGUAUCUGCCGUCAGCACACCAGGGAGAUCACCCAGCGCCACGCACGCUUCGGCCCCCAGGGGAACGAGAGGGGCGAGCGUGGCGAAGGGUGCCCGGAUAAACGCUAUGCCAUGGUGCUGUUCCGAAUCACCAGUGUGUUCUACGUGCUCUGGAUGCCCUACAUCCUUUACUUCCUGCUGGAGAGCGCCGGACUCUACCGCCACCUGGUGGCCUCAUUCCUCACCACAUGGCUAGCCAUCAGCAACAGCUUCUGCAACUGCCUCAUCUAUAGUCUCUCCAACAGCGUGUUCCGGAAGGGCCUGGGCCGCCUGUUCAGGCAACUCUGCUCCCCCUGUCAGGGACUGGGAUGCUGCAUGGAGGGGAAGAAGGGUCCCGCUCUACCCAGGCCGCACCCAGCCCCAGCCUGCCAUGUGUAACAAUCUCCUACAGACACUGUCUAGUUGGUUAGCUACCCACUGGGCACAGAUGUCAGUUCAACAUCUAUUCCAUAUUGGUUCAAAGUCAUUUCAUUUAAAUGACGUGGACACAAUGUUGAUUCAAACUGUUGUGCCCAGUGGGUACAGUAAGCUUUGGCCUUGGCUCCAGCCCCUGGUGAGUGCAGUGUAUUACUACUGCAUUGCAUGUGACAGGUUGUAUUUCUACAGUAGUAGUACAUAGAGCUCCCUAUGGCCAGGUCAGAGGGGUGGUUUGCAGGCAGGAGCUGGAGGGGUCUUCUUCUGGAGUGUUCUCCCAAGCGGGGCUGCUGAUUUCUGGCUGGGUGGAUCACCACCACGUGUGAAGGAGAAGGUUUGUGGUUGUAUAUAUGGAUAUCAGAAUGGAGCUGAGGAGAAAAAAAGGCACACAUUUCUCUGUGGGUUUUGAAGAGGAUCAACUCCAAUCUUACAGCUUUGGUGCCGAGUUUAGGUGCCUGUGAACCUAAUAUCUUCCCAAUGCAAAAAAAGGACAAUAUCAGCACAUCACGACUUGUACUGUGUAAACCACUGUAGUGCAAAAAGUUAUUUCAACAUUGAUUCAAGACUGUUUAAUCGUCUUUGUUCUUACGGGGUAGACAUUAGUGAUGCAAAAAAGUAUUUUAGAAACAUAAAAACACUUGAAAUAUACUGUUUUUCUUCUCUUAUAUUGCGACAAAUAGUUUACAUUUUGUAGCCGUCAGAUAAUGUGAUGAUGAUAUUGUGCGCUACAGUAGACUGUAGCAUACAGAGAGGAUGAGUGGUGUGAAAAGGACUGGGAACAGUUGGUUUCCUAGAAAAAAAUACUUGAGGUUUAUUCCGUAGCUUGUUUGUAUUUUAUGCAAGGGAUUCUUCUCUUUUGAAGUUGGGUGUUAGAAGUGAGAGCCAAGAAUGUCUAUGAAGUGUUCGAGUUUCAUAGAGGAAUGUUGAUGUAUGAAUUAGCCGAUUUUUGCAAGAUGGCAUUCUGGUUUAUCAUGGACCACCAAUUCAUUCUGAAUUCUCAGCAAGGAGACAAAUUGAUUUAUUUGAGUAUUUUAUUCUCUGUCCAUGUUUCCUGAGGUCGAACAUCAGUUGUUAGUUUACCCUCAAUGGCUGAUGCAUUUAGACUGGUCUUGAGGCUACAAAAUGCACAAUUUACUCAUCAUAAUCUGACAGCAAUAACAUAAGUAAGAUUUUCUUAUAGAUUGGAAUUGCAGCAUGUUAAGCAUACUACCGAACAAGAUGCACAACACAAAGAGAGACACAAUCAUUACUGUGUGUGUGGUCUUACUGUUGAGCUGUUCUCUCACUCUGUGCCCUUUGGCUCCUGUUAGCUGUAAAGAUGAGCUGAGUGGCAGAGCAGCACAUGUACAGUAGGCUACCAGAGAGCCAGAUUGUCUUUCUAGAAGUCAGAGGGGUCAUUAAGACAAUAUGAUUUGAAGGGUUUUAUACAAAGUAGGUUUAUAUGGAUCUACCGUGGGUCUCGAAAGCUUUUAUGGGAAAUAUACUUGUGAAUUGCUAAUAGGUUUUUAUGUGAACUAGGUUUAUGUGCAAAUAUAU